CAGAACUUAUUUUUCAAGUAAAGUCUUAAUAGAGAGACUGACUUUAAUGAUGGCAUCUUUAAAGCUGGUAUUCAUUGUCUUAAUGGCCUAUCAGACAACAGCUUUGGCAAGAGUUGUUAUUGCAGAGGAGACUCAAAAUGCCUGGGACAAGGUGAAGAUAGGGGACAGCUGCCAGGAAUGCACCCAAAUAGUGGAACUCCUUGAAGAUCUUCUCUCCAACACAGAUGUGCAGACACAAAUCAGGAGCGAGCUUGAGAAACUGUGUGACCUCAUGCCAGGCCCUGCAGCCCCUAAACUAUGCCGGGAGAUGGUGGAUAAAUACCUCCCUCUGGCCAUCACCUUCCUCACCAGCAUGGCUAAACCUGCUGAGGUGUGUUCCAUGUUGGGACUGUGUAACCCCACGACCGCCAGCCAACUCACCCAAAUGCUGACCAAUCACAUUCAAGAGGACCUGAAGUCAUCCAUGACAAUGAGAAACGUGCAGUUCACUCCACAGUGUACCUUCUGUGUUUAUCUUAUCAAGUCACUGGAGAACAUGCUGCCCAAAGUAAGAACUGAGGUGGCUGUGAUUGAUCUGCUGGGAAAGGUGUGUGUUAUUCUGCCCAAGUCCUACAGACAGCAGUGUGAGAACCUAAUAGAGAAGUAUGGUAAGAUACUGAUGGACAUGCUCCUGACCUACGCCACUCCUGAAGCCAUAUGCACCCUCAUUCAAGUCUGUGACCGCAUGGACACGCCUAUCCUCAUGAGCAAUCCAUCUGACUGUGACUCCUGUCUGACCCUGGCGGUUUUGACUCGUCUCCAGCUGGGCUCCAAUGCCUCAGAGCCUCAGACCAGCUCCUUUCUGGACUCAGUCUGCCAGCUUUACCUCAAUGCCCUCCCUAAGUGCGAUGGAUUUACCCAGCGCCAUGGACACCAGCUGAAAGGGGUUCUGGGUCAACCAGACUCUGCCCUUGAUGUGUGUGAGAGAAUUGGUCUGUGUGGUGGAAUAAGAAAGGCAGGUGAACAGGAAAGGAACAUGUGCUCUCCGGGCGAUAACUACAUGUGCAGAAACCUGAAGACUGCCCAGGAGUGUGGGACGGUGUCCUUCUGCCAGAAGUAUGUUUGGAAAUGAGUAUCUAUGGCCAGCCCCUAAUAUCCAACUGGAUGACGGAUGAUUCAAUACCUUGGAGGAGGAUGCAGCCUUUACAACAAUGGAUGAUCCCAAAUCUAUCAACAUCAUAUUCCAAACAUUGCAUAUUUACUUGGUCAAUUAUUUUCUGGUAACACUUUCUGCAUAUUAACCCUGCACUGAACAGCUAUUCUUAACAUUUUGAGUGAACUCUACAGAGCAACUAAAUGGCUUCCAGGGCCUGGAGAUUUCUUAGAGUACAUGAUAAAAACAUGAACUGAAACCAUCAACACGGAAUAUACAUUGUCAAUAUAGGUGGCUCAUGCUAAUGGCAGCAGUGGUGUUGAACACAAAAUACAUCAUAAAUAAUGUUGACAUGCUAA